AUGAGAGAACAUUCAUUCCGCCAGCUCUUCCACCACAGCGGCUCUCGAGAUGCUGGCCGUAACAACAAGUUACACAGAUGGACUGCGGCUGAAUUCCUUGACGACUUGUUGGUAUAUCUGCCUGAUCAUGGUCUUGUCAUCUGUAAGCCAUGCGGGUUUGCCGUACAACCGAACGCCCUAUCCAGCCACCUUCUUCGGCAUCAGAUCUACAGAGACAGGCGUCAGAAGAUACUUGAUCAAGUAGCAGAACUCGUCCUUCUACAGCCAGCUCAAGUGCCGCUUCCAACGGACAUUCCGGAGGCUUUCCCUCACCUUCCUGUGGCCUCGGGUUAUCGCUGCAACCUUCCAGGUUGCGAUCACUUGUGCAUAUCUGAGAAGCGCAUGAGCCAACACCUGCGAGACCAUCACAAGUACAUUGGUGUCACAAAUAUUGAUAACAGUUCGCAGCUAGUAUACUUACAAACUUUCUUUAGGGGGAACAAACUUCGAUAUUUCCAAGUCAAACUACAUAUGAACGAGGACAUCUCGAACAAUUCCUUGUCCGGGCCUCUUCAGCGACAGUCCGUCAACCUAUUUUCGGAAUCUAACUACCACGUUUCGCCGUCACUACCAUUGGCAGAACCUGAAAGUCUGACCACUAACGAAGCUCCUGGAUCGUCUCUUCCAAUGAGUCAUCUGAUGUAUCUACACCACUAUACUACAGUCACUGCACUCUCAAUGACGCGAGGAGCAGAGCCGGGCACCUUCUGGACACACGAUCUCCCACUAUAUGCUUCCACGAAGCCGUUUCUAAUGCAUGGAAUCCUGGGAGUGGCGGCCUUCCAUCGCGCAGUUAUGACAAUCGACCCGGACGAACGACGGAGACAUCAAUCUGCAGGCUUGUCACAUCAGGCAGCUGGCCUAUCCGAGUUUCGGAGCCUCAUUGACCACCCGACACGAGAAAAUAGUACGGCACUUACGGCCUUUGCUCGACUGCUAGGGGUUCAGACUUGUGCGCAGACCCUACUCGAAGCUGAGAGAAAUCCACCACGGAUGGGUGACCUUAACACAUCUGAGAUUUCUGAGGUCUUUGAGUUUCUCCUACUCAUACGUGGUGGCAUUGAGAUUCUGCUAAAUAUGCAAGAUCUGCUACCUCUAGAUUCAGGACUUAUCUUGCCCACAGAAGUUUUGAAGUCACUCCAAGGUCUCGAGUUCACAGCCGAAUCUCUCACUGGCCCAGCCUAUCGCCUCGCCAACCAGCUCUGUGCUCGACUUGUGCAGACCAUGGGCUGCCCGCCAUUUAAGUUUCGAUUACCUUCCUUGAAAGGGGUGCAGCAACUUAUGGACCUGUGUGUUUCUGCAACGGACGGUGCACUACCAAUGACCGCCCCCAGGGUCUCUAGUAUCGCUCCGGAGCUGGUUUCUGCUGUAGAUGAUGCUCAGCUUAUAAGCAAGACGCUUACGGAGCUUCUUCUGCCCGCAGAGUAUACUCAUCAAUCAACAGAGAAGGACUACUGUACAACACCUUGUCCUCCCCUUCCAUGCUACCCUCAUAUCCCCGCAGCCAUCUACGCAAUGCUUGCAACACUCCCUUCAAGGCUCACGGCCAUAAUGCCCUAUCCUCAUCCUCCCGAUCUUCGGGCAUUUAACCAUGCAAUGGCAGCUUUGACAACAAGCUUCUCCCGGAGCUAUGCUGUUGAUGCAACAUGGGCUCGUUGGAACGGACUUGAAAGUUGGACACGCAUGCUCCCAACCCAUUUCUUUACCAUGAUAAAAGCCAGGAAUCCGUUAGCACUGGUGUUGGUCGCUCAUUGGUGUGCACUAUUAUCAGUGCAGGAACAAUACUACUGGUUUCUCCGGGAACACCCACGGCGCAUGAUGCUCAUUAUCAUUACACACCUAUCCGAGGAUCUGCAGAAACUGUUCGAUGUUGACCGUCUACUAUGGCUUGUGAACGACUCAUCCCAUUCAGAGACUAUGCCGUGCCGAGGAUAUGAAACCUCAGAAUUGUAA